AUGACUGAUGCACAAUCGACGAGUAAUGUGGGUGUUGGACGGGAAGGAGUGUGUGUGGACUUUCGAGCCCUGGUAUCCUUCUCAGGAGGCUACUCACCGGAGCAGGUUCGAGGCGGUUUGUCUGGUCCUCAUCUUGGUGGACAUCCGUCCAUCAUAUGGCGAAAGACCACGAUAUACCACUCGAACCAGGAUGGGUCCUACUGUCUGUACGCUUGCGAGCGAAGUGGAGCGGCAAUGUGGGUGCCUGUUGGCGAUUUGUUUGUGGCAAAUCGACCACUAGGAAGUCAAGCGAGUGGUAGUCUGAUGGACUACAUUUUGUCCGAUAGAAGAAGGCAGACAGUGGGACCCACUGGGUAUGGCUUCCAUAGCACUGGUCGUACAACCUCAGGCGAGAAUGGAAACAUUCGAAGACCAUUGGGAACUCAUGCCAGUGUUAUGAGAAGGGAACCGGCUACCCGACUGCAUCGGCACAAUCCACUGGUUCGUCCAGAACCAGUCGCGGCUGGAGCCGGUAGCAGGAGGACGGUAGCCCGGAGAGAACGACGGGAGAGAUUGAGGGCCCAUCAUCCUGAGGCACCACCACCACCACCAACAACAACAACAACAACAACAACAUCAGCGGUGGUGGAAGCAAAUGGUAACGAGCAAGUCCAAGAAGACGACACUGAAAGAGAGGACGAUGGACCUCGCAAUACACCACAACGUACCAUCUUCAUAUACAACAGCAAUAUGGGUGCUAACAUAGGUGGUCAGGCAACAUCACAAAUGGCCAUCCUCAAUCUCUCCGAUGAGGAGUCCUAG